AUGCUGCUCUCGCCUGGGCAUUCGCCGCGGCACAUCGCCACGCCUCCGGCGCUGCGUUCUGUUGCCUCGUCUGAGAAAACCCUAGCUUCGGAGGGCGGCACGGUAGCCGGUACGGGCGCCGUCGGCAACCCUAAUAAGCGCCGGCGUGUUGUUCUCGACGAGGAUAGCUAUGUGGCGGGGAUUGAGAAGAUCAUCGAGCGUGAUUACUUCCCCGACAUCCCCAAGCUCCGGGACCGCCUCGAUUGGCUCGAGGCCGUGCGCAGCGGCGAUCCGGUUAUCAUCCGCGAUGCGCAGUUGAAGAUACUGGAGCGGAGGUCAGGUCUCGGCGCCUCUGCUGCUGCAGGUGGUAGGGUCUCAUCCGUGGCGCCGGAUGCCACAGCUUCUACGAGGGCAGGUAGCCAGAUGCCAACGCCCGCCUCCAAUUUUCGUUCCUUUUCCUCGUCUGCCACUCCUUUUGGUUUCGACGGGACGCCUUCGUUCGCUGGUCGGCUUCCUGGGAGCAUGAGAGAUUCUGCCGUGGAGGGUGACGAAUCUGUGGAUACAACCCUUUCUCUCGACGAUUUUUUCACGCGUUACACCAGCGAGGACAACGAGAGCUUCUCGAAAAUCCUCGAAAAGGUCAACUUGAGGAAGAAGGAGAAGGUUGCGCAUCUAUUGGAGAGGGACGGGGAGGAGCCAUCGAAGGCGCUGGAGGCUGAACGAAGGGAGCAGAUAACCGAUGGAUAUGGAACGUCCGGUCAGCCAAUGGACACCUUGGAGGGAUGGAAGUACACUGCGAAGAAUCUACUGAUGUAUUAUCCUGCAGAUCGAGGGGAAUUACCCCUGACAGAGGCAGAGAUGUCCGAAAGAAUCAAAGGCCUGACGAAGGAGAUUACACGCUCAAACACUCGCUUCCACUCUAAGUCGGCAUCAGAUUCAAAACCUUCAACGCAAGACAAUGUCGCUGUUCUUUACACAACUGUUCCCGGCACCACACCUGCUGGUGCUUCCUGGCCUUUUGCGGACCGAGAGGCUGAGCGAACCAGAAGGUAUGACCUGGAAGAGCUGAGGAAGACCCCCAACCAGUUUUACGCAGAAUCCAGCAAGGAAGUUGUGAAGGGAUACAGUUUCGUGAAGACACCGUCACCAGCCCCAGGCGUUGAUGAAUCCCCUUUCAUGACCUGGGGAGAGAUUGAGGGAACACCGCUAAGGCUGGAUCUGGAUGAUACAACAGCUGACAUUGGGGGAAGUGGCGAAGGCCCUCGUUUUAGCAUACCAUUGCCACCGUCUCGCGACCUUAAGGCCCAUUCUCUGUCAAGGGAAGCUGCCAGAAAACUCAGGGAGAAGUCCAAGAUGUUUCAGAAGCCACCACUGCCUUCUCCAGCGAGAGCUGGUAGUGCAAGCCCGAGCGUCCGAACCCUAUCUCCAGCUGCACAGAAAUUUUGGAGGAAUGCUUUUCCCAAGUCAUCACGUUCUGUUGAUGAAAGCCUUCGUGCCAGCUAUCGUGGCUCCAGCCCAGUUGUAGGCACCCCCAGGGAGAGAAAAGCUGCAACAAGGUUUUCUAAAGAAGGGAGUUUGGGCUCUAGAUCUCCUUCGGAAAGCGAAGCUCCUGCUCCUCCCUAG